CUGUUCUCCAGACGUCUGGUAAUCUUUAACACCAGUGACCCAUCCUGCCCUGGUAACUCGGCAGGAAUUGCCUUUAUAAUAAACAAAGAAAGCGCUAAUACAAUGGACACUAAGAUGACCCCACUGAUACCAGGGCACACCGCUGCUCUCUCACUAAAAUGGUACAAUAAUGAGACAAUUAAAAUACUAAAUAUAUAUGCACCUAACAACACUAACAAACACCCAGCCUUCUGGGAGAAAAUCAAAGCAGAAUGUCAAAAACACAACCUAGGAUGCCUAGACUUCAUGCUCAGUGACUUCAACCUCACAGAAAACCCCAUUGACCAUGUGCCAGCCCGACUCGAUAACAAACAAGCAAUUGAGGCUUUAAGAGACUUUAAAUCAGCAUUACAAGUACAAGAUGUAUGGCGAAACACAUACCCAUUCCAAAGGAUGUUCACAUUCAGCAGUAACCACCACUCCCUCUCCCGUCUAGACCAGAUAUACGUGGCAGAACGACAUAAUGAAAGCCUGCUGGACUGGAAUGCACGUAUAAGCCCAAUUCCAACAGACCACCACAUGGUAUCAGUACGAUAUGCACCACCAGGCCUCCCGCACAUCAGUAAUGGAAGAUGGUCUUGGCCGGCAGGACUACUGUCAGACAAAUCACCAAUAGAAAACAUUAUCAAAAUGGGCAUUGAGACACAGACACAACUAGAAAACCUACAACAGAGAGAUGACGAGAUAAACACCCAAAUGAUAUGGGAAUCCCUCAAGAAAAGAAUGAAUGAACUUACGAAAGACACGGCAAAGACACACCUGGCAAAAAUAAACCAACACAUCAGAAAACUACACAAUGACCUACAUAAAACAACGAACUCCAGAGACAUCGACACCUCAGAGAACACAUGUCUAAACAGAAUCCUACUCAAAAAAGAAAUAGAGCACCUGCAAAAGAAACAACACAAAAACACCAGCCUCAGAUCCCAAGCACAAUGGGCAUGUAAAGGGGAAACAAUAAACAAAUACUAG